CAUGAAACAUAGUUGUCAUCUAAAAUAUGGUCUGUCAUGACUCACGCUGCCUGCAGGGGAUGGUGGCCUAGUUGAAUCUGCUGGUGAAAGUGAAGCAGAGCGUUAGAAGAUUAAAUUCUGACUGUCAGGGGAUGUACUGAUAGCUUUUUUACUUCAGGAACGGACUGUUGUUAAAUCUUACAACUGCAAUAAAAUGCAGGUUCGUAGGUACUUGGUUGUUCUCUUUUUCAGAUACGGGACACGAGGAUCCAGUGCCCUUAUAUGGAUCCAAAUGAAGAUACGGAGUGGAAUGCAGCGUUGCGAAGACAUGGUAUUCUUCCUGCAAAGGAAAAGGAAAUUACUGAAGAGGAAGUACUAAAUAUUGUUGAAGCAACUAUAGAAGAGAAGCAGUCCAAAGGAACAAAAAAAUUAGAACAGUGUACUCUUGAUGAACUGGAUGAAUUAGAAGAUGAAGAAGAUGAGAGAGUGUUACUGGAGUAUCGCAGAAAGCGAAUUGCUGAGAUGCAAGCAGAAGCUGCAAAGUCAAAGUUUGGUGAGGUAAAGGAGAUAAGUGGAGAAGAUUAUGUUCAAGAAGUCAACAAAGCUGGUGAAAAUAUUUGGGUAGUCUUGCAUUUAUAUAAACAAGGCAUCCCAUUAUGUGCAUUACUCAAUCAGCAUUUAUCACAACUUGCCGCAAAAUUUCCAGCCACAAAAUUUUUGAAAAGCAUAUCAACAACAUGUAUACCAAAUUUUCCUGACAGCAACUUACCAACUAUUUUUAUAUAUUAUGAAGGAGAACUCAUUAAACAAAUGGUUGGGCCUUUAAACUUCCGUGGAAUGAAUAUGACUGUUGAAGAGCUUGAGUGGAUACUAGGAGAAGCUGGUGCUGUGAAAACAACACUUGAAGAAGAUCCAAGACCUAAAAUUAAGGAUGUGCUCUUUUCUAAGCUAAAAAAUACAGCUGAUGAUGAUGAUAGUGAUAAUAAUGACUGGUAAUAAAAGCAAGACUCAGUC